AUGAAACGCAAACUUAAAUUCUCGCCCAAACCAUAUGCAGAUCGCACGGAACAAUUCCACAAGUACUUGAAACCCGGUGCGUUAGCACAGAUGCGAGACUCUCAAAUCAGCGCCAAAUGGUACCGAUUCAACUCGCUCUCUCAGAUCUACCUCCGCCGUACUUCUCCUCUUCCGUCGUCUCCACUUUCCACCAUCGGUCAAUCGGAGAUUGACGUGGUCGAUGAUUUCCCUUCUUUGGCUGGAAGGGGUUAUGGUCCCUUCUGCCUUAAGAGGAAGAAGCUCGCGGCAAUUAAGGCUACCUGGUUUCCGAGCCCUAAUUUGCAGACUCCAACUACCGAUAUAACUCGAGACCCGGUUGUUGAUGUGUUUAAUAGCGAUGUUGCUGCGCAUUGA